AUGGACAACAAAUUAAAAAAGGCAGUGUGGGUAGCAACGGUAUUUACCGCUUUGUUUCGCUGCGAAUUGAUAUUAUUGUUUGGCACUAUAUUCUUCCUACCGAUUAUAAUGAGGAAACUAUCGCUUUUUGGUUGGGAUGGUGCAGUAAUGAAUGUUGCAGGAAUAUCUAUACCAAUAGACUCUAUAUUUUGGAGGCGGGUACUUUGGCCAGAGGGCGAGGUAUGGUGGUUUAACGUGGUGCAGAACAAAAGUCAUCAUUACGGGGUGUACCCGUUUUUCUGGUACUUCUAUUCCGUUCUUCCGCGUUCAUUAUUGGCAUCUUAUUUACUGGUACCUCUCGGGAUUUUGAUUGAGAAGCGACUGCUCCGUUUCGUUUUGCCGGCGAUCUUUUAUAUAAUGCUUUAUUCACUUCUCCCUCACAAGGAGCUUCGGUUCAUAAUUUAUACGUUCCCGCUUUUGAAUUUAGCAGCUGCCAGCGUCUUUUUCAGUUGGAAGAGGAGAAGGAAGUCUUGGUUCUCCUACGCUAUAGCUUUGGUUUUGGCGAGCCACAUUUUACUGAAUGCUGUUGGUACAGGAGUUAUUACGUAUGCGAGCUCAUGGAAUUAUCCUGGCAGUCAAGGAAUUGGAUAUCUACAAUUUAUGCAGAGGUAUGAUAGAAACAAGCCUAUUAGUGUUUAUAUCGAUAACUUUGCUGCUCAAACUGGUGUCAGCAGGUUCUUGCAAUUUUAUGAUUCUUGGGAAUAUAACAAAACCGAAAAUCUGCAAGGUGAGCAGUUGAAAAGAUUUGAUUUUUUGUUGAUUGGGUCAUAUCGGGACCGGAACAUUGCGAGAUUUGCAAAAAGAAAAUAUUCUGCUACUCAUCGGCUACUUUAUUCGGUCAGAGCAUUCCAGUAA